UCGCCUUUCGUAAGAUGGUGGUGCCUGCUAUGCUCUAAGUGGAAUGCGUGACAGGCAAACGCGUACUUCUGUCUCCUCGCCGACUCUCUGUUGUGGUUUUUGCCGCGGGUAGGGGCCAUGGAGCAAUAGUGAGGGGGAAGCCCAGGUUUGCGUGCAUCGGCGUCGGCCGGUUGCUGGUGGUACUGCGGGUGCGGAGUGGUACUUCUCAAGUAGAGCCUACUGCUCCCGUCCCUUCAGCAGAAGGAGGCUGAGGCUGCUGUGGGCGGGGGUCGCUCGGUUCUUUCCUGCUCGACUAUGUCGGACAAUCAGAGUUGGAAUUCCUCUGGCUCCGAAGACGACCCUGAGACAGAGCUCGGGCUGCCUGUUGAGCUCUGUGGGGUACUCAGCAAGCUCUGCAGUGGCUGCCAAUCACUGGCACACCCAAAGCAGUGUGCCACACCCCACCCCUGGAGGCCCAGUCUAGCCCCAGAGGGCCAGAUGACCAGAAGGACCCAGGAAAGCCAAAGGAUAUUUAACCCAGAACAUGAGUGGACCAAUUACAUUCACGGGUGGCAGGAUCGAUGGGUAGUUCUGAAAAGCAACACACUCAGUUAUUACAAGUCUGAAGAUGAAACGGAGUAUGGCUGUAGAGGCUCUAUCUGUCUGAGCAAGGCUGUGAUUACACCUCAUGACUUUGACGAAUGCAGGUUUGAUAUCAGUGUAAACGACAGUGUUUGGUACCUCCGAGCUCAGGACCCAGACCACAGACAACAGUGGGUAGAUGCAAUAGAGCAACACAAGACUGAAUCUGGCUACGCAUCAGAGUCAAGUUUACGACGCCAUGGCUCCAUGGUGUCUCUUGUUUCUGGAGCAAGUGGAUACUCUGCAACAUCUACCUCUUCAUUCAAGAAGGGCCAUAACUUACGUGAGAAGCUUGCAGAAAUGGAAACCUUUAGAGACAUCUUGUGUAGACAAGUUGAUACUUUACAGAAAUACUUUGAUGCCUGUGCAGAUGCAGUUUCCAAAGAUGAACUCCAGAGAGAUAAAGUGGUAGAAGAUGAUGAAGAUGAUUUCCCUGCGAUGCGUUCUGAUGGGGAUUUUUUACAUAACAGUAACAGCAGUAAGGAAAAAUUGUUUCCAUAUGUGACACCCAAAGGAAUUAAUGGCAUAGACUUUAAAGGAGAAGCUAUAACUUUCAAGGCAACUACUGCUGGAAUCCUUGCUACACUCUCUCAUUGUAUUGAACUCAUGGUAAAACAUGAAGAAAGCUGGCAAAAAAGACUAGAUAAGGAAAUAGAGAAAAGGAAAAGAAUUGAAGAAGCAUACAAAAAUGCUGUGACAGAACUGAAGAAAAAGUCCCACUUCGGAGGGCCUGACUAUGAGGAGGGUCCUAAUAGUCUGAUUAAUGAAGAAGAAUUCUUUGAUGCUGUUGAAGCUGCUCUUGAUAGACAGGAUAAAAUGGAAGAACAGUCCCAAAGUGAAAAGGUCAGAUUAUACUGGCCAAUAUCCUUACCUCCCGGAGAUGCAUAUUCUGCUGUGGGGACUCAUAGAUUUGUCCAAAAGCCCUGUAGUCACUCUUCCUCCAUGUCUUCCAUUGAUCUAGUCAGUGCCUUUGAUGUUCACAGAUUCAGCAACCAGGUAGAAGAGAUGGUACAAAACCAUAUGACAUAUUCCUUGCAAGAUGUAGGAGGAGAUGCCAAUUGGCAGCUAGUGGUAGAAGAAGGAGAAAUGAAGGUGUACAGAAGAGAGGUGGAAGAGAAUGGAAUAGUAUUAGAUCCUUUGAAAGCAACGCAUGCUGUUAAAGGGGUAACAGGGCAUGAAGUUUGCCACUACUUCUGGAAUGUUGAUGUUCGUAGUGAUUGGGAAACAACAAUUGAAAAUUUCCAUGUUGUGGAAAAUUUAGCUGAUAAUGCCAUCAUCAUUUACCAGAUGCAUAAGAGAGUGUGGCCGGCUUCUCAAAGGGAUGUGCUGUAUUUGUCUGCCAUCAGAAAAAUACCAGCAUUCAGUGAAAAUGAUCCUGAAACGUGGAUUGUUUGCAAUUUCUCUGUGGAACAUGACAGUGCUCCUAUGAACAAUCGUUGUGUCCGUGCCAAAAUAAAUAUUGCUAUGAUUUGUCAGACUUUAGUAAGCCCGCCAGAGGGGAACAAGGAAAUAAGCAGGGACAAUAUUCUAUGCAAGAUUACAUAUGUAGCUAAUGCUUUCAGCAGAUUUGUUGUAUUUCAAUGUCUGGAUUACUGUCUACUUCUAGUGAACCCAGGAGGAUGGGCACCAGCAUCAGUCUUACGGGCAGUGGCAAAACGAGAAUAUCCAAAAUUCUUAAAGCGUUUCACAUCAUAUGUGCAAGAGAAAACAGCAGGAAAGCCUAUUUUAUUCUAGUAUUAGCAGUGAUCAGAACAAGACUGGGUGAGCAUUCCACCUUGAAGUGACUGAUAAGUGCACAGAGCAGUCCAUGUUGGAACAAAGGAUCUAUAUAUAGUCUUUUUAUGGUUUCUAGGGUUUGUAUACUGAUGUAAAAAGUGCUGCAUUACCAUGAGGCUGAAUAUUUAACACUAGCUCUCACUUAAAUAUUUUUGCAGAGUCAGUGUAUAAUUAUCAAUAGAUGUUUUGAUGACAUACAUAUGGCUAUUUUAAUUGCUUUAGAAGAGGAAGAACGUGUAUAGCUUUGAAUCACCAACUGGGGUUACUGCUUUAAUUUUAAACAACUUGCAGAAUUUCGCAGUUAGCAUUUCUAAGAUACUAGUGCAGUUUUUGUGCAUGUCUAAAAAGCAGAAAAGACAAAUGCACAUAUAGCAUACUCUAUGUGCUUUAUGUGCACAAAAAUCUCUAGUAUUUUGGUGGGGAGGGAGUUCAGUAAAGCCUAAGUGACUUAUUAACAGGUUUUAUUUUGCUUUAUAUAAUCAUAGUUCAUUGCCAUUUGUUCCUAUAAUGAAUCAUCUUGUUACAUAAAAUGUCAGGUAAUAAUUGAGGGCUGUCAGUAUCCUUAUGACUUUGCCUUUUCUAUUGUCUUACUCUUAUGAAGAUCUUUGGCUCUGAAGGAGUAAGAAUGUGAAAAGCUUUAUUUUUUUCCAGGUAUAUUUCUAUUGGAUUUUUUAGUUAUGCAAUAUGUGCUACAGACAUUUUUCUAUUAAACAUGAUCCAGAAAUUUCUAGGAAGAUUCUCUAUGAGAGGGCGAGACAGUGCCUGAAAGCUAGAAGUCAUCUGUUCAUUAUAAAUGUAGACUGCUUUCUUGCAUGAUAUCUGGGGCUUUUCCAAAGCUGUGAGAAGGUACCCUAUAAUAUUUACUGAAGUAAUUUGGACUACACAGGACAACAUUCCCAGCCCAGAAUGAGGAUGAGUACGUUAUUUUCAGAUCCUGCAUGUUUUUCUCACCUUGAUAAAGCCAUGCUAUGAGUUUCAUGUAGAAAAUAAGUUGCACUGAUACUUGCCUUAAUCAAAAACUCAUCAGUUAUAAGGAUGUAUAGUUCAUAUUGGAAAGUUCUGCCUAUUUGCUAUGAGAAUUCAAAUGUCAGAUAUUUGCCUGCCUCUGAUUCUGGAUAUGCUCAUUAAGAGAAGUGUCUGGCAGACUAGUACUGACUUUGAGGUCUUUUAUCCAUGUCCUCUUGCUGCAAACUCUUCAGAGACUGCUGGGUGUUUCACUGACCUGUGUAUCUCAAGAAAAAAAUACCAGAUUUUUCUUUUCUCAAAAGAAAACUGAAAUUCUUGUUUGCUAUAGUAUGAUAGGUAACUGAAAAUAACUAAAAAAAUAGUAAUUUAAUAAAGAUUUGGUGAAUGAUUAAAUGUGAUCUGCACAGUGUUGAAAAAAAUACUUUAUCUGUUCAUCUUCUUUAUAGACAUGAAAUCAUACAUAACACACAAUUACACAUGCAUGCAGCUCUCAUGUUCCAUAGCUUUUUCCUUUUUAUUUGCCUUUUUCAAAUGGUGUACAUGGAAUAUGCCUUAUUACAGAGUUAUUCUAUUAUUUUGAAUAUCUAGAAAAGUGCCUAUAUGUUAGUGCUAGUAAGGCAAAUAAGAUGAAAAGCUGUAUGUUUACUACAUCACUAGUGAACAUUUUAUAUAGUAAAUACCUUAUAUGUUAAAAAUUUAUCUCAAAUGUACUUCUUCAUUUUAAAAUCAACCAAGCAGUGGUUAAUUCCACCAUAGCUACUGAUGGGAAUAUAAAGGGAAAACCAGUCCAAAAUAUAGAGAGUUUAACUCCAUAUUUGCCUUUUCUUGUACUUGUUGAACACAGGCAACUAGCUGUUCAUUAAUUUAAUUGGAUGACUUUAUUUUGCAAAGGUAUGGGAAGUUUGCAAAGCAGUAUAUAAUUUUUAUAUCAUUAGUUGCAUUUACGCUAUAUAUGAUGUACUUUUGCAAUUCUGUAAAUAACAUUAAACUACAGAUACUAAUGGUAAAUAAUAUUUUGCAUUUAGAUAAAGGCACUGGUACUUCAGCUGGCCCUGCCCAAUCGGAGUUGUAAGUCUUCUUAAAGAAUCCGGAAGGAGUUGCAAAUUGAGAAAUAGGUAUUAAUUGACUGCUUUAAAAACAAAUUUUAAAAGGCAGCUGUCAGCCUCUCAGAUUGUCCAUGUGCAAGUAGCCAUUAGGUCUUUUCUUCUAGAAGGGAUCUUUUACGUUUUUUAAAAUAACAUUUCCCAUCUUUUGAGCCCAACCCUCUUUCCAGACACUACCACAUAUCUGUGCAUUCUGAGUUCUCGUCUUCCUGUUAAAGGAUCUGUAGUAUUUAUACAGCUGUGGUCUUUGCAGAGCAGCCCAUGAUUCUAAGAAUGGCUGUUUUCAUAAGCUGAACCAAUUUGAAGGGCUGAGAAGAGUUUUCUGAUCCAUCAGAUAUUGUUCUCUGAAUAUGUGUGCAUUUGGUGAAUUUGAAUGUUGCUGAACUAGAUAUGAAGGAAAUUACUUUGUACAACUUGUAUUGGGAAUGAGGAUGAGAGAUGGUCAUUGUUAUCCUGUCUGAAAACUUAACAUCUUAUUUUGACAAAAUUAUCUGUGAAAAAUUUAAUACAUCUUGGGAAAAAAAAAUUACUUUUUACUUAAUUGGGCUGAGCUGGCUUAUAUGAAGUUGUGCAUUCUCUUUUAACUAAUCAGAUUGUCCAUCUGUAUUUUUAUCAA